AUGAGCACAAACAACGAUGAUGUCGAGCAGAAGAAGCGCAGUCAAGCAAUCGACCGCAAAUUGGAGGAAGAUUCGCGGCGGCUACGACGAGAAUGCAAGAUCCUCCUUCUCGGUUCCGGCGAGAGCGGCAAGUCGACAAUUGUCAAACAGAUGAAGAUUAUCCAUCAGAAUGGUUACACGCAGGAUGAACUCGCCAUGUACCGCCUCACCAUCUACAAGAAUGUCAUCGACUGCGCGAAGGCUUUAAUAGGCGCGAUGCGCCAAUUCGAGGUAUCGACAGAGGAAGCCGGAAACGAGGAGUACUGCGAAUACCUGCUCGAAUACACCGUCGACCCCGAUCCCGAGAAGCCGCUCGACAGGCAAGUCGGACAAGCAAUCACCGCCAUCUGGAAAGAUCCUUGCGUUCCCAAAGUCCUUGAGCACUCAAGCGAGUUCUAUCUCAUGGACUCUGCCCCAUACUUUUUCGACGAGGUGAACCGUAUAGCCGAUCCUGAUUACAUCCCCAUCGAGUCCGACGUUCUGAGAGCGCGUACUAAGACUACCGGUAUCUACGAGACGCGAUUUACGAUGGGCCAGCUCAGCAUACACAUGUUCGACGUGGGUGGCCAACGCAGUGAACGCAAAAAGUGGAUACAUUGUUUCGAAAACGUCACCUCGAUUAUCUUCUGUGUGGCUCUGAGUGAAUACGAUCAAGUCCUUCUGGAAGAGAGUGCUCAGAACCGCAUGAUGGAGAGUUUGACACUGUUCGAUUCGGUUGUAAACAGCCGGUGGUUUAUGAGGACGAGCAUUAUAUUGUUCUUGAACAAAGUCGAUCUGUUUAAGGCAAAACUUGCGCGAAGUCCAUUAGGCAAUUACUUCCCCGACUACUCAGGAGGCAACGAUGUCAAUCGCGCAGCCAAAUACCUUCUCUGGAGAUUCAACCAGGUGAAUCGAGCGCACCUCAAUUUAUAUCCUCAUCUUACCCAAGCAACCGAUACCUCGAAUAUCCGACUGGUCUUCGCCGCCGUGAAAGAGACAAUACUCCAAAACGCAUUGAAAGACUCAGGAAUUCUCUAA